UUUCUUUAUUUUCUUCUUCCUCUUCUUCGUUUUCUUCUUCUUCUCAUGCCAGAAACCCAACCCCAACCAGCCACAACCGGAGCACCAUCACGACCCCAACCACAACCACAUCCCGACUGCCAACUCCGGCCAGUCCUAACCCCACUCCAGCCCCGAUGUUAUCAAUCGGCCACCAAAAACUAUCCAAAGAUUUAUUGAGAACCAACCAGAGCCAUGGAUUCAGAAUAUCCCAACUUAGAGCUCGUCAAUGUGGCCAUCCAGAAGCUCAAGGAGGAGCAGAGACAAAUCAAAGAAAUCUUCGAAGAUGACGAUGACGAUCAGCUCUUGCUCUCUCAGUUACUCUUGGAAUUUUGUGGAAUUGUAUGUUGGUGACGAUAAGGAGCUCAUUUGGCCAGAAAACUUGCCCAAAAAUUUGAAGAACUUAAUUCGUUAUCCCUUGGUUAAUUGGAAGCAUCUCAGACUUAAUAUUCAUUUUAAACUGAAAUACGAGUCAGACUUGAAAGAAACCUUGAUGUGGAUAUCACCCUCCUUAGAAUCAUUAUCUAUUAACAAAAAUGUCAUAUUUUAGUUGAUUUUAUUUUUCCUUUGCUAAGUGCUACUUUUAUUGAGAUGUUUUAGUAAAUGAAUUUGAAUACUUUGCUUUAGAGUGCUCUAUUUGUUAAUGCUGGAACAUUUUUUUUUUAUAUAUCUUUGCUGUUGGAGAAGCUUUGGAUUC